AGUUAUUUCGGCCCAAUAAAAUGAAGUAAACAGAACACCGCAAAACCCUAAUUUGAAUAAGCUGCUCACUUUUAAUCACCCCCGGAGGAGUAGUAGUAAACUUGCGGCUGAUCAGAGCUGAGAGUGAAAGAAAAUGGUGUCUGGAUCAGGGAUAUGCGCGAAACGCGUGGUGGUUGAUGCUCGUCACCACAUGCUCGGUCGUUUGGGUUCGAUUGUAGCAAAGGAGCUGCUCAAUGGCCAGAAAGUUGUGGUUGUCCGGUGCGAGGAGAUUUGUCUUUCCGGCGGACUUGUUCGUCAGAAGAUGAAGUACAUGAGAUUCCUCCGCAAGCGUAUGAACACUAAACCUUCUCACGGACCUAUUCACUUCCGUGCUCCCUCCAAGAUCUUCUGGCGUACCGUUCGCGGUAUGAUUCCUCACAAGACUAAGCGUGGAGCUAAUGCACUUGCUCGCUUGAAGGUUUUUGAAGGUGUUCCUACACCAUACGACAAGGUCAAGAAGAUGGUCAUUCCUGACGCUCUCAAGGUCUUGAGGUUGCAGGCUGGCCACAAAUACUGUCUGUUGGGCCGCCUUUCUUCUGAAGUCGGGUGGAACCACUACGACACCAUCAAGGAGUUGGAGAACAAGAGAAAGGAAAGAGCUCAAGUGGUUUAUGAGAGAAAGAAGCAACUUAACAAACUCAGAGCUAAGGCCGAGAAGGUUGCUGAAGAGAAACUUGGAUCUCAAUUGGACGUUCUUGCACCAGUCAAGUACUGAGUUCUAUCAGUUUGUCGUUAUUGAAUGUUUUCACAAGUUUUGCUCGGACUUUAUACUAUUAUAUUACGAGGUUUUGUUGUAUGCGAUUUUGACUUAGUUUAUUUUUUGAGUUCGACUCUUGUCAUGUGUCACCUCCAAAAUGUUUUGUGAUUUUUAUUCC